AUGCAAUUUAGUGGCGAUGAGAGCACUUCUACAACUCCGCCACGGACUCCAUCACAACAGGUAACAUCUCAGAAGCUGAUUAAAGAAGAAAACGAGGAUGAUUUCCUCCCGGAAUAUUUGUGCAGAACAAAAAAGGAAGAGGAUGACACUGACCCAUCGUUCGUGAAAGACGAGGCCAUGGACAUGAAAAGGGAAACAGAGUCUUCUCUAAUGGAACACAAUGCAGACGUGACUGCAACAGGUGAACACCAGGCAGUUCAUAAUAACACAGACCGACACCAGUGUCCCACAUGGGGGAAAGGAUUUUCACUACGGUAUCUCAAGAAGCAUCAGGUCAUUCAUACUGGAGAAAAGCCUUACAAGUGUAGUACAUGUGGAAAAGACUUUGCACGAAAAAGUGAUCUCAACAAGCACCAGAAGACCCAUACUGGAGAAAGACCUCACCAGUGUACUACAUGUGGAAAAGGUUUUACAGAGAAAAGUACCCUCAUCAAGCAUCAGAGGACCCAUGCGGAAAUCAAACCAUAUCAGUGUAAUACCUGUGGAAAAGGGUUUACACAGAAAAGUAGUCUCAACACCCAUGAGAGAACCCAUACUGGGGAAAGGCCUUACAAGUGUGAUACAUGUGGAAAAGGCUUUGCACAUAAAAGUAAUCUCAACAAGCACCAGCGAAGCCACACUGGAGAAAGGCCUCACCAGUGUACUACAUGUGGAAAAUGCUUUAAACAGAAAGGUGCCCUCACUACGCAUCAGGGAACCCAUAAUGGAGAAAGACCUCACAAGUGUACCACAUGUGGAAAAGGCUUUAAACAGAAAAGUACCCUCAUCAUGCAUCAGAUAACCCAUAUUGAACACAAGCCAUAUCAGUGUUCAACAUGUGGGAAAUGCUUUAAACAAGAACCUAACCUCAUCCUCCACCAGAGAAUCCACAAUGGGGAAAUGCCUUACAAGUGUGCCACAUGUGGAAAAGGCUUUGCACAACAAGGUGAUCUCACCCGGCAUCAGAGAAUUCAUACUGGAGAAAGGCCUCACCAGUGUACUACAUGUGGAAAAGGCUUUACACGGAAAGGUACCCUCAUCAAGCAUCAGAGGACCCACACUGGAGAAAGGCCUCAUAAGUGUAUUACAUGUGGAAAAGGGUUUAUAUGGAAAAGUUCUCUCAUUGACCAUCAAAGAACCCAUACUGGAGAAAGGCCUCACCAGUGUACUACAUGUGGAAAAGGGUUUACACGGAAAAGUGAUCUCAUUGACCAUCAGAGAACACAUACUGGAGAAAGACCUCACCAGUACUGCACAAGAGCUGCGGUAUACAAACAUGCACACAAGAACGCGGGUGGUCGUGGAGCGAUUGGGCAUCUGAAGGGCCGUUGGCGCUGCCUUGACAAGAGCGGUGGGGUACUGCUGUACAGGCCGGAAAAGGUGUGCCGCGUUAUGCUGGCUUGUGGGGUGCUGCACAAUAUUGCGCAGCGACACGGCGUACCACUGGGAGAAAUUGACCUGGAUGAGGACCCCGACCCCGGACCGCCGCCCAAUGAGCAGCCAGAUAGAAAUGCCAUCAGGCUCCGUCAGCAAUUCAUUGCAACAUCAUAA